GAAAUGGGUUUCUAGCAGUCCAGAUCUGUCACCUACUGAAACUUUGUGGCACGAGAUGAAAAAGGUUCUACGACAACAUCCUGCUCGUACAAUCACCGAACUGAGACAAAAGCUCCAAGAAAUAUGGGAUUGUUUUACAACAAAUUUUUGCCAAAACUUGGUUAACACUAUGCCCCAAAGAAUUUCAGCCAUAGUCUAAGUGAUUUCAAAUAUAUAUUUUUUAC